UGUGCCUUUGGGCUAGUUGUUUACACACUGAUAUUUGACUGUGAUCUUAUUUGAAGAUUUUUUCUGCAUUUUUGUAUCAGAUUUAAUUUAUAUUUUGUAUUUUUCUUGGACUAGUACUACAAACAGUGUUUAAUUUAAUGUCAUAUGGAAUAGAUUUUCGACCAGAAAUUAACGAAGCUAAAAUAUCCCAGGGACAUUUAUUAUUAGCGGUAGUAGCAAGUAAUGGCCCAAGUCAGUCCCGUGGGUCAUAAUCACGUCGCAACAGCAGAAGAAACAGGACAAGCCGAAGUUAACGGAACUUCUAUCACCGAUCUCGAUCAAUCACCGAAUUAUUACAAACGAGACAUGCCAUCGGCAUACACUGGCAAUGUUGAAACGGAGGAAAGACGAGAUGUUUCCAGCCAUGGAGGACUUGGUCAGCUGGUCAGUUCUAUGUCUACAACAGGAUCAUUUCCGCCGGCUCCAAGACUAUCUCACACUCCAACAUCUGACUUCCAGCCUCCAUACUUUCCUCCGCCAUAUAACCUCCAGGCACAACAAGGAAUGGAAUUUCACCAUGCUCAUUUUAAUACAGACUCAUAUUCUCAUUUAAGUAAUUUCCAUCCAGGAUCCCAAAAUUAUCAACAAAUUCAUGUUCCGGACAGUAGAGCUAUCCGUUAUAAAGAAGAACCCAUUCAUAACAUGCAUGGACUUACGGCACCUAAUGAUUCCCGGAGGUUAGACUAUGGAGGAUUUAGACGCUCUGAUGUUUUAGUCCCCGGUGGCCAUUUAGGAUUUGGUGAACACGACGGGUCUUUUGUGCACCAUAAUUCAGUAACACAGGCCAUUGAAGAUGCUGUUCAUCAAAACAUUAUAGAGGAUACGAAUAAUUACAUUGCCGAUAGCCAUGGAGUCAUCAGAAAAGGAAUUCGACCUAAAACUGAAAAUGGUAAAGAAUUAAUUAUAUCAGGAAUAACCUCCCCUGGAGACAUAUUCUGUUCAGUGCCAGGACGACUGUCCUUACUGAGUUCAACAUCAAAGUAUAAAGUAACUGUUGCUGAAGUCCAAAGACGAUUAUCUCCUCCUGAAUGUUUAAACGCAUCUCUAUUAGGUGGCGUUCUUCGUCGAGCUAAAUCUAAAAAUGGAGGAAGAUCGCUUCGAGAAAAGUUAGAUAAAAUUGGUCUGAGCUUACCAGCCGGAAGACGUAAGGCUGCAAACGUCACGCUUCUGACGUCACUAGUCGAGGGAGAGGCAGUAAGGUUAGCACGAGAUUACGGGUACCUGUGUGAGACUGAAUUUCCAGGCAGACAGUGUGCUGAAUAUAACAGUCGACAAUAUAAUACACAAGAUCCGUCAGAACUUGUAACGAGAAAAAAUAUGAUUUUAGCUACAAAGCAAAUCUUGAAAGAAUUCAUGGAUCUUCUCAAUCAAGAUAGAUCUCCACUAGGAAAUACUCGACCACAGACCAUUCUAGAACCAGGAAUUCAAAGACAUCUUACACAUUUCAGUUUAAUAACACAUGGCUUUGGUUCGCCCGCCAUUGUUGCUUCACUGACUGCUGUUCAGAAUUAUUUAAAUGAAAUGUUAAAAGUUAUUGACAAAAAUUUUACUUCUCAAAAUACACAAGUGUCCUCGGCCAAUCAAGUGGAUGUUAAGUCAAAGUUACAAGAAAAGGACGAUAAUAUCCGAGAUUGAAAUUUAAAUAUUUAUUCAAAAUCAUCUAUUUACAUAUCAUCUGGUUGAGGUAUGAUGAAGAGAUGUUCCGAAUGUCUAAAAGUGCUGAUAAUUCCAAAAGACAAAUGUGCUUAGUUUGUUUCCAGUGUAAGGUAACCAGACUUUGCUAAUUCCAAGGAAAUCCAGUGAAUUGCGAGAACAUUUAUAUUAACUUUUAUCGUAGCUGAAAAAAAUCAGCGUAAAGAUACUGUUUUAAGCCAUUACCCGUGUUUAUUCAUUGUGUUUGUUGUUUAUAUAAAUGAAUUCAAACGGUUGUGGCAUUACCAGAAAGAUUAAUCAAAACAACAGUGCCUGACAAUUCUUUUUUUUCUUGCCAUUCUUUUUCUCUUCAUUCUUGUAUGGAUGCGAGUGAGUGAUAGUAAAAAUCAUUGUAGCAUUCCAUUGUCUCAUAUUUUACACGGGUCAAAUUAGUCAUUCUUUGAAAGCCUUACUAAUUAAUCAAAAUACAAGAGUUCUAAUAUGUUAUGUAGUCUCUUUCUAGUCGAACUGAAAUCAAAAUAUUUGGAGAAAUGUUAUAUUAUUUGUUUUUUUUAUAUUUUGUGAAAGCAUAUAUAAGCGAGUUUAAUGUGUUCAUUGGAUAUAAGUACAUUCCUAACUUAUGUGAUGUCCAGUGAAGAGUUAUUGUACAUGUUAUAAAUAUGAAAAAUUAAUAUGUUUAUGUAUUAUGAUAUUAUAUGAACAUGUGGUUCAUAUAUUAAAAAAAAGAAACAAUUA